GACACACCUCUUGCGGUGAUUGGCUGCUCUCUGCAAACGUUCACUCCAUUCGGAGGUUUGAAGGUGAAAUUUGUUCUUCUGUGUAUGCAGUUUUUCAUCGCAGUUAUGGCAUCCAGUGCCCUUUACAGCACACGCACACACCUGUGCAGACAUCUGCAGGCACAUAAAUACCUAAGCAGGACCUACAGCACGCGACCAUCUCUAAAUGAAGUUGUCAUCGUCAGUGCUGUCAGGACCCCAAUGGGGUCUUUCAAAGGAAGCCUUUCCACAGUACCUGCCACCAAACUCGGUUCCAUUGCUAUUAAAGGAGCCAUUGAGAAAGCAGGAAUCCCUUUGGAGGAGGUGAAGGAAGUUUACAUGGGCAAUGUGUUGCAAGCAGGAGAAGGACAAGCACCAACCAGACAAGCUGUUCUGGGUGCAGGUCUCCCUCUGUCCACUGAGGCAACUACCAUCAAUAAAGUGUGUGCCUCUGGGAUGAAGUCCAUCAUGCUGGCCGCUCAAAGUCUCAUGUGUGGCCAUCAGGAUGUGAUGGUUGCUGGUGGAAUGGAAAGCAUGUCUCAGGUUCCAUAUGUCAUGGCCAGAGAAGCGCCCCCUUAUGGUGGAGUGAAGAUGGAGGAUCUGAUUGUUAAGGACGGUUUGACGGACGUCUACAACAAAUUCCACAUGGGAAACUGUGCUGAAAACACAGCCAAGAACAGCAGCUUCUCCAGGGAGGAGCAGGACGCAUUUGCCAUCAACUCCUACAGCCGCAGCAAAGCAGCGUGGGAGUCUGGGAUCAUGGCCAAGGAAGUGGUUCCUGUGAGCAUCCCUCAGAGAGGAAAACCAGACAUUGUUGUGAAGGAAGAUGAAGAAUAUAAGAAGGUUGACUUCAGCAAAGUCCCCAAACUGAAAACUGUGUUCCAGAAAGAGAACGGCACAGUGACGGCAGCCAACGCUAGUACGCUGAAUGAUGGAGCGGCUGCUCUCGUGCUCAUGACAGCAGAUGCAGCAAAGAGGCUCAACGUCACACCGCUGGCAAAGAUUGUUGCUUUUGCUGAUGCUGCUGUCGCCCCCAUCGACUUCCCUAUCGCUCCAGCCUUUGCCGUCCCUAAGAUCCUGAAGGCGGCCGGUUUGAAGAAAGAAGACAUUGCCAUGUGGGAGAUCAAUGAAGCCUUCAGUGUUGUGGUGCUGGCCAACAUCAAGAUGUUAGACAUCGACCCCAACAAAGUCAAUAUCCAUGGAGGAGCAGUUUCCCUCGGACAUCCAAUUGGAAUGUCAGGGGCGAGAAUCGUAGGACACAUGGUGCACAAUCUGAAAUCGGGACAGUACGGACUGGCUGGAAUCUGCAAUGGAGGAGGCGGCGCUUCCUCCAUUCUGAUCCAGAAAUAUUAGGACUUGAGAUUCAGAAAAGGUCAUUCAUCUUUUUUUUUUUUUUAUUAAAAUAGGGGGGAAACGUAUCAAUGCUCAUAAAAUACAAACUUCCCAAAUGGUAAUAUUUAUUCUGUGCAGUCAAUGUUGUAAUGAAAGUGUUUAUAAUUGUUGAAAUCUGUAACUGCAAUAAAAUAGACUAUUGAUUGACUGUUGAUGCUGAGUGUGAUGAUUAUACUCAUAAUAAGACAUAAUGCAGUUCCCCUGAAUGAACACCAGAUGGAGAACGUGCUUUGAGCUUUGCUGCUGAUGAACCCUUUUCAGUUUUCACAGACUGUGAUGAUGUAUUUCGGCAAUAAUUAACAUUGUAAACUAUAGAAGUUUACAUAUGAUGACUUCUGUUUCUGAGAACCCUGGAAAUGUGAAAAGGGUCCAUUGAGGCAACCUGACUAGCAGUGACCUAAAACUAAUUUAUGCCACAAGUAAGUUGUAAAUUGAACAAACAGUUGUUACUUUGUGAUUGUUGAAAGCUGCAGAUACUAUAGUCAUGAGUGGUAAUAUGGACAAUGCAUAAGUGACGGUUUUGACUUAAAUUUUCACUUUCCACAAUAUUUUGGAAAUUUACCCCCGGCCCCAUCCAUCCAAAAAAACAAACAAACAUCCACGUUAAAAAUAAUAAUGAUAAUAAUGCAACUAAUAGCAGAACUCACACACAUUUUAUUUUUAUUAUAUUAUGAUUGUUUAGCAUCUUUCAAUCCCAUUUUUAAUGAUAUUUUGCUUAUAGUCUUUAUUAAGUGCAAUUGUUUUAUGUCAUAAUGCAAUGAAAUGUCAAUUUGUGUGGACAUAAUUUUUGGACAGGCUGUCGUUCAAAGAAAUUUUGAACAUGCAAAAGCGAGAGAAUAAACUAAGUAUUAUUAACUGAU